CCGCAGGUUGCAGAGCGGGUGGGAGCCGCUGCGGGCGCGGCACUGCAGCCCCGAUCCUGAACCCCAAACCCCGAACCCAGCACCCAGCCCCGGCCGCAGGCCCCGGAGGCUAGGAUCCAGCGGCUACCUUCCCGGCCCAGCCGAGGACGUUUCGACCCCCAAGGCGCCCACCAGCCCACGCGCCACCAUGGUGUGCGGGGGCUUCUCGUGCUCCAAGAACUGCCUGUGCGCGCUCAACCUGCUGUAUACCCUGGUCAGCCUGCUGCUCAUCGGGAUUGCCGCUUGGGGCAUUGGCUUCGGGCUAAUCUCCAGCCUCCGAGUGGUGGGCGUGGUCAUUGCCGUGGGCAUCUUCCUGUUCCUGAUUGCGUUGGUGGGGCUGAUUGGUGCAGUGAAACAUCAUCAGGUGUUGCUGUUUUUUUAUAUGAUCAUUCUCCUGCUCGUAUUUAUUGUUCAGUUCUCCGUGUCUUGUGCUUGCUUAGCGCUGAAUCAGGACCAACAGGGCCAGCUGCUGGAGGUCGGAUGGAACAAUACGGCAAGUGCUCGAAAUGACCUCCAGAGGAACUUGAACUGCUGUGGCUUCCGAAGCUACAACCCCAAUGACACCUGCUUGGCUAGCUGCGCUAAGAUGGGACACAAGUGCUUACCGUGCGCCCCGAUCAUCGAAGCCUAUGCUGGAGAGGUUUUGAGAUUCGUUGGCGGCAUUGGCCUCUUCUUCAGCUUCACAGAGAUCCUGGGUGUUUGGCUGACCUAUCGGUACAGAAACCAGAAAGACCCUCGCGCCAACCCGAGUGCUUUCCUUUGAGGAGAAAACGAGGAAAAGUUUUCCCGUGUUGAUCUUGCUCACUUUCUCUAAUCCUAAGUUAAGCUUAUGUGUUCAUCUGACAGAGAAAACAGUAUCUGAAAACAACAUUAUCAACAGUGGAAUUAAAUAUUUUCACUCUUAACGUUUCUCUAAACGUGUUUUGUCGACAUUGCUGAAAAAGCAGUUGAAAUUCAUGGUGUCCCCGACCCUCAGUGACCCCUGUAAUCUGUGGUUCUUGGUGUCUGGCUCUGUCCACCGUGGCCUUUCCUGCUGUAUGGCCCCCCCGGGGAAGUGAUCCUGCACAGGACGUCUCGGUCUCCCUGGGAUAAUUGCAGGGAGUGCCGCGCAGCUCCCGCCGAAGACAGUUGAAGCUGAUGAAGCCAGAGAGGCAGAGGGUCUGUUGUGUUCAGUUCCGUAGGCGAUAUCUAAGUUCCCUGUACCUUUUGUCUUUUCAGGAAAGCUGCACUGUAGAGGAAAGCGUUAGCGUAGCAGUGAUCAUUUAGUUCUCGUAGUCCAUCGCGAUUACAUCUGUGUAGUCUAGACGUAGCUGUGUCUUUAGGAAACUCAAGUUUAGUUUUUGACUUUUAUACUCAAGGGCAAAGGAGGUGAUGCUGUUUGGGAAGUGUUCUGUUGUGUGACAGUCAGCCUUCGAAAUGGGAUGAGCUUCAGGAAGAUAGUGUAUAUUUGCAUAAUCGGACAUCCUUUCGUUUUAAAUAAUUUGAAGUUCAAAACACUGUAUUUGUAAGCAACUUGCAAUCACUAUGUUGGCCCAUGUAACAAAAAGAUAAUUUGAUUAUCUUAAAUAACCUUGUCUUGAUAUUUCUUGGUAUUGUGACAGCAAGUUGUCAAAUCCAAACAUAUUUAAAUGUGCUACCUCCCAUAAGUUGAGAGAGAAAUGGUGUUUGUGGCUUGUAUGUUACAUUAAAAAUUAAAAGCUGGAACCCUU